ACACCGUCACGAAUUUCGUAAACAUUAAAAAAAAGCAAGCAAAAUUUUCGAACGGGACGGACGUCACGCGGAUGUAUGUUUUGUUGCUGCGAAAAAUCGUCGUAAAUAGGAGGUCACAGUGGAUUACCGACAUCUAAUACUAUGUCUGUGUGCCUAACGCAUUAAGUGAAUGAAAAGUGCGAAAAAAAAGAGCCGUGAGAUAUAUGGAGUUUGAAUAGAAGAAAUUCCACAAAAUACAAGUGCGGGCUAUUUUCGUGUGUUGGUGAGAGUGUAUGGCAUGUCCGGGUGUGUGUGUGCGUAUGUGUAAAAUUCACGGUAAAUAAAUAAAUAAAAUUUGUGUACACACACGCAUAAUAAAUACAUAUAUGCAUCUGUAUAUGUAUACACAGCAUGUUGUGAAGUUGCGGCGCAAAAAGAAAGCACGCGAAUAAAACAUCAGAAAAAUUUAAUUACGCCUGCGUCUGGGAAAGUGCGUUGUUCUAUUUUGAAAUCGAUACCAAAAUAAAAUUAAAAAAAGCAAGAGGUAACACAACAACAACUAGAACAACAAUGCUUCACAAAAACAACGUUUCAAAUAGAUCGGCGUCGACCAAGUGCACCAUUGAGAUGAAAUGAUAAUCGAGUGCCUGCCGCGAAGGUUAGAAAGUAAAAAUCAUGUGAAAAAAGUGAGAAAAAGUCAGGCAUGCUAUGUGACAACAACCACAAAUACUUGUGAACAAAAGAUCAAGAAAGCAACAGAAACGGAAACAACAACGAAAAAAAAAAACUAUAACUUAAAUAAAUAAAAUUGCUAGUCAGAAAAAAAACAACAGUAACCAGGGAACAAAGCCAGAGAAAGAGAGAGGAAAAAAUAAGUCUUUAAAGUCGCCGAAUUCCGACCCCAAGUGCAUUUUCUCCACCUAGUUCGUUUUUUCGAAUUUUCUUUUGACAACGGAUAAAGCUUUCGUCGAAAGUUGAACAAAAUGUGCAAAGACAACUCCGGAGAAAAAUAUUGAAACGUGUCUGAAUUUAUAGAAAUUUAUAAAAAUAAAGAAAACAAAAAAACGGCAUAUAUAUAUAUAUCUGUCAUUCUUUAUUCUCACCUGAGGUUUUCUAUGAGAAAAGAAAAAAAUUCUCAAUACUAAUUGUCCAACGUACAAGUGCGAAAUCGGAAUAUAACGAGAAAAAUAUCAUUCCAACUGACGUCGACAAAGUCAAAGCCAGAACAAACCAUAGCUUAUUUCGCUGUAUCAGUGACACGGGCAGCGUACGAGAGCUUGAAGAAAGAUGAUUACUUAGCAGGGGUUGCGAUAGAGACCCAAAUGAAAAACUCAUAAGAAACUGCAAUUAAAAAAAAAAAGGAACGAAUAAAAACACCGGAUAAGUGCAAUAUGCAACGACAAGCGACCAAAAGCAAGUUAAAGCGCGAAAAAAUCAAGUUAGAGAGCGAAAUGGCAGCAACAACAGCUGAUGAGGUAUUAUCAACAAUAGGCGCAGCAAAAACAACAAAUACGAUUGGCAACAUUUGUAUUUUGUGUCGACAAGAAAUGUUGCUGGAUACAUGCUGCUGCCGGCAAUCAGUGGAAGGCUUGGAUAUGUCUGCAAGCAGUGUUGAAGCUAAAAGUAGCAGCAUCAGUACGAAUGGCAUUGAAAUUGUAAAUAUUUAUUUUGACGCACCCGACUGCAUCGUUCUCGAAAAAAAAUUCGUUUGUGUAGAAACAAUUUCGACUGGUUUCAAAAGCUGGUUCACAACAAAAGGGGAAUCAACUGGAAAGAAAAUGGGCGUAAAAUGCAGUGGAAACCGAAGCAGCAAUGAAAACGACGAUGACUGCAUGAAAAACAAUCGACGGCGGCGCGAAAAAUUCAAUAUCUUUAGCAAUUGUCACAAUAUAUUGCGAACGAUGCAAUCGCUGUUGCUGCUUAUGUUAAAUUGUGGCAUUUUCAUCAAACGACGCCGACGGCAGCAACCUCAUCAAAAAAAUUUAAAUUAUACAAAAUUCCUAUUGCUGAUACAAGCAUUGGCAGCAGCAACAACAAGACUGAGUUUAAGCCCUAACAAUUACAACCAACAACAACUAAAACAUAAUAGUGGCACACCACAACAAAAACAAAAACAACAGCCAGAUAAGCAAGAGUGGUUUUACGGUUUGCGCCAUUACCAUUAUUGGAUUAGAAGUCUAAUUUGGAUGUUAGCCCUCAAUCUCUUAACCAUUCAUGCCACAGCGUCAGUUGUGUUGCAACAGGAAGCGCAGCAUCUGCCACACAACGAUAUAACCAAUAAUCUGAAUGCACUAUCGGUAUCAACGCAGUCACGACCGCCUAGGAGCCAAUCAAACGGAACAAUGCGAUUGGCUCAAAAUGUAAUACCUUGCAAAUCGAUGGAUAUUAAGAACCUGGCCUCUAACUUCAACCAACUGGAGAACUGUACGGUCAUUGAGGGCUUUCUUCUGAUCGACUUAAUAAACGACGUCAGCCCACUGAACAAAUCGUUUCCAAGACUAACCGAGGUGACUGAAUUCGUUAUUAUCUACCACGUUUCCGGGCUGCACUCUCUGUCGAAGAUUUUCCCCAAUCUAAGCCUCAUUAGAGGCCUCAAACUGUUUGACGGUUACGCCUUUAUCGUCUACUCCAAUAUGGACCUUACGGAUUUGGGGCUAACCAAGCUGCGAUCAAUAGCAAACGGUGGUGUACGAAUUGAGAAGAAUCAAAAACUGUGUUUUGAUAAGACUAUCGACUGGCAGCACAUUAUGUCGGAGAACGACUCACAGUUUCAAGUUGUGCUAUUGGAGAACGCCAAGCCGCAGGAUUGCAAGGACACUAAGUGCCCGGGGGAGGUGAGAAUUGGAGAGGAUCAAAAUUCAAACGGCGGAGAGCUUCACGCCAGUUGUCGGGAGUAUUCGUCUAAUCAAACGCGUUUCUGCUGGGAUAGCAAAAGUUGCCAGACAAUUUGUCCCGCCGAGUGCCGAAACAACUGCAUUGAUGAGCACACAUGCUGCCACAAGGACUGUUUGGGUGGCUGCAUCAGAGAUAGGAAUGGGAUCGAAAGGUGCAUCGGCUGUCGAAAUGUGUCCUUCAACAACAUCUGUGUGGAGACCUGUCCGAAAAACUUUUAUCGAUACGAAAGCCGUUGCAUUACGGCGGAGGAGUGCUUGAAGAAAUCAAAGGUUGAAUCUGAACAAGAGUUUCCGUCGGUCCCCUACGAAGGGAAAUGCACCCAUCGCUGUCCAACGGGUUACCAAAUCGCAAACUAUACGUGCGUACCCUGUCCUGGUGGCAAGUGCGAGAAGAGGUGUCCUGCCGAGUUAAUCGACAGCUUAGAGCGGGCGCGAAAGUUCCACGGCUGCACCAUAUUAACCGGAAAAGGUGCCCUUAUUAUCAGUAUCAAGCGUGAAAGCGGUGCUCACGUCAUGCAAGAAUUGACAAAUAGCCUCUCUGCCGUCCAUAGAAUUGAAAGCUCCCUAAUGGUUCACCUAACCUACGGCCUGAAAUCUUUAAAAUUCUUUCAGUCCUUGACUGAGAUUAGCGGCCAGUGGCUGACGGACAAAGAAAAGUUCGCAUUGUAUGUGCUGGAAAACCGCGACCUGGAAGAGCUCUGGAACCCCAACCAAACGGUUUUUAUUAGGAAUGGCGGUGUCUUUUUUCAUUUCAAUCCAAAACUUUGUGUAUCCACGAUCAACAAGCUAUUGCCCAUGCUGGCUUCCAAGCCCGAGUUCUUCGACAAGCGCGACGUUGCAACAGACUCAAACGGAAACCGUGGAUCUUGUGGGACUGGCAUUCUAAACGUCACAGCGCAAUCUAUUUCGUCUGAAUUCGCCAUGUUAAAGGUCACGUCGAAGGUGGAGAUAGGUGAUCCCCAAAAGCCUUCUAAUGCGACGGUAAUUUUCAAGGACCCUCGGGCCUUUAUCGGUUUCGUUUUCUACCAUAUGAUCGAUCCGAAUAAGACCGCCACCAAGAGCAGUGACGAUCCAUGUGACGAUCGCUGGAAGGUCAGCUCUCCCGAAAAGAGCGGUGAAUUAUGGAUAAGCGACUUAAAACCUUAUACAUGGUACGCCUACUACGUUCGCACAAUGGCCAUAUCCUCAGAGCCGACCAACGCUGAGAGUGAGGUUGAGCACUUCAAAACAAGCCCUGGCCAACCGUCGAAGGUGACGGACGUUGUGGCCACUGCCGUCUCCGACUCAAAAAUUAACGUUACUUGGAGCUACAACAGUAAUCCUAACGGUGAACUGACACGCUUCUUCAUAAAAGCAAAACUGAUUAGCCGACCAUCCCGAAACAUCAACCGGGAUUACUGUACUGAACCACUUGCUAAGGCUAUGGACAACGAGCUGCCGGCGACAACUCCUACCAAAAAAACACCGGAUCCGUUGUCUGGUGACUGCAAGUGCGUAGAGGGCUCCAAGAAGACCAGCAACCAGGACUAUGACGACCGGUUCCGUCAAGCCGGCAUGGGGUUUGAAAACGCGCUACAAAACUUUAUCUUCGUUCCGAGGAUGCGAAUGGGCAAAACAGAACAAGAUAUGAACAAAGAUGCAGCUCAAGAUGCAGCCCUUAACUCCAAUGGUAUUGCAAAUGCUAUUGGAGCUAAGAAUCCAAUCCGUCGAAAACGAGACAUCGCCCUAGAGCCUGAUUUGGAUGAUAUGCACGGCAGUGUACUGCUCCGCCAUGUGCGCUCUCUCACAGAUAAUUCCGAAACUAGCUCCGAAAAGAAUAACGAGACCACCUAUAAGGAUGAGGCAACUUUGUCUACAAAUGGAAAGUUCUAUGAGGUGUUUGCGAAAGAAUUGCCGCCCAAUCAAACGUCUUUUGUUUUUAACAAUCUGCGCCACUUCACCCGCUACACCAUCUUUGUGGUAGCCUGUAGAAAAGAAAUGGCUGGUGAUAGGGAUAAAGGCCCGUUCUGCAGUAAAUAUGAUCCUGUCUUUCCAACCACCAAAAAAAAGGAACAUGCUGACGACGCUGCAGACCUAAUUGUAAGUCUAGAACCUGCCAAUAACACGGAGUCUUCGGUGCGGAUCUUCUGGAAACCACCUGCCGAUCCUAAUGGCGAAAUUGUCACUUAUGAAGUGGCCUACAGGCUGCAGAAACCUGACCAAGUGGAAGAAAAGAAGUGCAUCCCUGUGGAGAGUUUUAAUCAGACCUUCGGCUACCCGCUGAAACUAAACGAAGGAAAAUACAGCUUCCGGGUGCGAGCCAACUCACUAGCGGGAUACGGCUUAUUCACUGACCCGGAAUACAGAGAAGUGGAGGCCCCACUGAGCUAUGGAAAGUACUUUAUAUGGUUUUCCGGGUUAGCCGGUGCACUGUUGAUCGCCAUCCUAAUGGCCUACGUCCGGCAUUUACGUAAGAAAGGUCCCUCCAACGAACUCCAUAUGAACACAGAAGUAAAUCCGUUCUAUGCGAGCAUGCAGUAUAUCCCCGACGAUUGGGAGGUGCUGAGGGAGAACAUUAUCCAGCUGGCUCCUCUUGGCCAGGGAUCCUUUGGUAUGGUGUACGAGGGUAUUCUAAAGGCCAUGUCCGGCAAUGGCGUUGAUCGGGAGUGUGCCAUCAAGACGGUUAACGAAAAUGCCACGGAUCGCGAGCGAACCAAUUUUCUGAGUGAGGCGAGUGUCAUGAAGGAAUUUGACACCUACCACGUGGUUCGUUUACUGGGAGUCUGCUCGAGGGGUCAGCCCGCUUUAGUGGUCAUGGAGCUGAUGAAGAAGGGCGACCUCAAGUCCUAUCUGCGAGCCCAUCGGCCAGAGGAACGGGAUGAAGCCAUGAUGGCGUAUCUUAAUCGAAUUGGUGUAACUGGAAACGUUCAGCCGCCAACUUAUGGAAGGAUUUACCAAAUGGCCAUUGAGAUUGCGGACGGCAUGGCAUAUUUGGCGGCCAAAAAGUUUGUGCAUCGUGACCUUGCCGCACGCAACUGUAUGGUGGCCGAGGAUUUGACAGUAAAAAUUGGUGACUUUGGCAUGACCCGGGAUGUCUACGAAACGGAUUAUUAUCGCAAGGGAACCAAAGGCCUGCUACCAGUGCGAUGGAUGCCACCGGAGAGCCUAAGAGAUGGUGUCUACUCCAGUGCCAGUGAUGUGUUCAGCUUCGGCGUGGUUCUAUGGGAAAUGGCAACUUUGGCGGCGCAGCCAUAUCAAGGAUUUUCCAACGAGCAAGUGCUGCGGUUCGUCAUUGAAGGCGGAGUGAUGGAGAGACCGGAGAAUUGUCCAGAUUUGCUCCAUCGCCUAAUGCAAAGGUGCUGGCAUCAUAGGCCAUCGGCCCGACCCAGUUUCCUUGAUAUUAUUGCGUAUCUCGAGCAACAAUGUCCCGAUUCGGACUUCAAGGAUGUCUCCUUCUAUCACUCGGAGGUGGGUCUGCACCACCGCGAAAAGGAGAGAAAGGAGCGCAGUCAGCUGGAUGCAUUUGCGGCGGUCCCCUUAGAUCAGGAUCAGCCGGACGUCGAACAGCAGGAGGAUGCAACUACACCCUUGCGAAUGGGCGAUUACAAAUCCAACAUGGAUCAAAAUUCAUCCUUAGAUCAACCGGCUGAGAGCCCAAUUGCGUUGGUGGAUGACCAGGCGACCCACUCGCCGUUCAGCCUGCAGUCGGGAUUCAUCGCGAGCAGUACUCCCGAUGGCCAAAAUGCGAUGCCAACUGCUUUUCAGAGCCAACCAAUGGCAAGUGAUGAUGCAGCGGCCUACGUUCAGCCAGAUCCGGAGGCUUUGGGCGUUGAGAGGGGAUAUGAGAUCUACGAUCCGAGUCCAAAAUGCGCGGAACUGCCAACGAGCAGAAGUGGUAGCACUGGUGGCGGUGGAAAAUUGAGUGGAGAGCAACAUUUGCUACCAAGAAAAGGACGGCAGCCUGUCAUCAUCAGCAGUUCCAUGCCGGAUGAAGUCAUCGGUGGAUCUUCAUUGCAGCCUUCGACGGCUUCGGCCGCCAGUUCCAAUGCCAGUUCUCACACAGGACGCUAUCUCAAAAGAGUGGUGGCGGAUACUCUGCGUAAUCAAGCCAACAUGAUUAACCGCCAUCUUUUCAAUCACAAGCGCACAGGGAGCAAUGCCAGUUAUAAGAGCAAUGCCUCCAAUGCACCGAGUACUAGCAGCAACUCAAACUUGACGAGUCACCCGGUGGCCAUGGGCAAUCUGGGAACCAUCGAAAGUGGUGGCAGUGGUUCGGCGGGUAGUUAUACAGGCACGCCCCGCUUCUAUACCCCCUCGGCCACGCCCAUCGGUGGAAGCGGCGGUGUCGUCAUCAGUGAUAAUCCCAGCUACAGAGCAUUAGACUUGAUGGGACCGAUGGCCAGUGAACAACCCACCAUCCUCACGACCAGCAGUCCCAAUCCAAACUAUGAGAUGAUGCAUCCACAAGGAGGUCAAAUCAGCGCCAACCCAAACUAUGUUCCCAUGAAAGAGCCACCAGUUCAGAUGGCGGGAGUGACCAUUAGCCAAAAUCCGAACUACCAGCCAAUGCAGGCGCCGUUGAAUGCACACCAAAGUAGUUCUGACGAGGACAACGAGCAGGAUGAGGACGACGAGGACGAGGAUGAAGACGUGGACGAUGAGCAUGUGGAGCACAUCAAGAUGGAACGCAUGCCGCUAAGUCGACCCAGGCAGAAAGCGGUGCCCAGCAAGUCUCAUCCGCCUCGCAGUCGCAGUGUUAGCCAAUCGAGGAAGUCGCCCACUAAUCCCAACUCAGGAGUCGGAACGUCAGGAGUGGGCAACAUGUCAAACCUUCUCAAGGAGAGCUGGUUGCGGCCGGCGGGCACGUCGAGGCCUCCACCCCCCAAUGGUUUCAUCGGAAGGGAUACGUAAUCGCUGAGUUCUGUAGUUAAAUAAAUAGUAGUUUUGUAAAUAGACGAGCUUGAAGGACUUACAUAUAAGUGGAAGCCGUAAAGAUAUAGAGUAGCAAUCUUUUGACGCAACCCAAGCUUCAAUGAUAUUGAUUCUUCCCUAUGCCUGCAAACCAAGGUGGGAAUAUUUUGAACUGAAGAAAAGUAUGUAGGUAUAAGUAGAGACGGACUUUUCAGCAAUGAAGCCUACAAAAACAAAAACCAAUUUUAGUCUCUUAUUAUUUUGAUCAAAUUAUUAAAUAAUAAGGAUAAUACAUUUAUUUGUAAAUCCUCUUUAAAAUUCACGAUUGUUCUUGAUUUCGAUCCGAACUGAAAAAAUUACACCUUGCUUUUCCAUUUUCCUAAUUUUCGGUUCGUAUGAAAACCACUAACGAAUCUAUUAAAACCACAGGUGAAUUGCUAGGAACCAGACAAUAUUGCGUACAGCUUACUCGAUUCUUUCUUCAAAACAUCGAACUAUCCUGACCGCAUCAUGUAUAAUACCUAUAGUUUUGAAUAAGCCUAUUUAUGUUUAUGUAUUCGUUUAGUAUUUACUAUACAUAUUUUGUUUGCUUAUAUGAAUGAACUAGAGCCGUUAGUGAAAGCAGAAAAACGGAGGAAAACUAGAAAAACACAAAAGCAAAACAAGUCCUACAUGCAAAUAACAAAAGUACAAAAGCCAACAACCAACCAACCUAAGUACCGUUUAAAUAGACAUACAAAUUCUACCAAUUAUAACUUGUAACUCAUAAUUUUUACGUAUAUUAAUUAUGAUAAUUUGUAGUACCUACCAAAUUGCAGAGAGAAAUUCGAGUGUAAGAGAAAAAUAACAGAACGUAAUGGAACCACAGUAAAAACAGAAAUAGUUUAACUUUAAAACAGCAAACAAGCAAUACAAAAACAAAACAACAACUGUCUUCACUGAGUUAGCUAGAGAUAUUUAUAGUUAUCUAUAUAUCAGUUACAUAUGUAUAACUAAAUUUAAAUGUACUCAGAUAAUUUUUAGUGCAUGUUACAAUGCUUUCAAUUUUAGCACGCUUAUACCCCGUGAUUUUUUGUUUAAUUUAUACAAGUUUUAAAUUGCUUGAUGUUUCACAUUUCACUUAUAAUUCUCUUUUUUAUGCGUAGUUUUACUAUUUAUUUUCAACCCGCCCCUGUACAUAGAAAUUUUAAUUGAAGCGAAUCACAAACGGUAACUGGCUAAAGUUUGAUCUGCUCUGGUAUAGCUGCAACACUAUCUAGCAAAAGCAGACGCAAACCAACAACUUUUCUUGCUUUUCAUCUAAACUAAUUUUUAUUGAAGCCAAGCUUAAAAGGAUUAAAAGAAAGAGGAAACCAUAACGUAACUUCAAACUGAGAGCUUAAGUAACUGAUGCAUCAUACUUAUUGUAUACAAUCUGCUGUUGUUUUUAAACAACUCUUGCUAUAUACAAAGCUAAAACUUUUUGUAUACUAAUUAAUAGAACGGCACCACAUUUUUCACUAAACCUAAAACAAAAUCUGCCAUACACCCCGUUUACUCAAAUAUGAAAAAGAAACCGGAGGGAUUUCGUUUUUCUUUAAUUUAGUUAUUCAACAAUAGCUCUUAGAAGAAACAAUAGACAAAUUAUAUACCAUAUACACCAUAUUUACACAUAAUUAAGAACUGAACGUGAUAUGUUUGCUGACUGUACUAUCCUGACAGUUCUCCGACUUCCAGGGGAGAAACGGAACUCGAAGUCCAACCCAGUUUCAUGAAUCAAUCACAAAAGCAUAAAACAUUCUCUUGAAAAACUGAAAUAAGCAAUAACCUAACCCACUUCUGCAACAGAAAAAACAUUUAUAUUAUCCACAAAAACUGCAACAAAUGGAAUUUUUAAACAAAAAACAACUACAAGAAAAGUAUUCGAUAUUUGCCUUCGCUCUUUAUAUUAUAAUAUAUUAAACUAUACAAACACGUAUAUUAAAUUACUAAAAUAAAGCAAAGAAAAGCAGAAAUAAACAAAAACUCACGCAUCUGCAAUGUUUUUUUUAUAUUUAAUAAAUGCAAAGCAAAAACAAGGAAACUAAAUAUUUAAAUGAAUUAUACAAGUUACUUAGAUCAUAGGCAUUGUAACGAGAAUAGUGGGAGAGAUAGGUAAACGGUAAGCCGGAGGAAACCUAUAACUAAUUUUGAUGUAUAAAAUAAAAAUAGGAAAAAACAAUUAGUGCUAAUUUUAUAAACAAAACUGGGAAGCAAGCGAUAUUUACACUGAAAACUAAAAUAAAAAUUACAUAAAAUAUAAACAAAAAAAAACAAUUAUAUUAAUUUAACUAUGUAAUACGCUAUAUGCAUAACGAAACAAUAGAUACGUAACACAAAAACCCUUGCACACAGACACACAUACACACAUUUACAUACAUUACACACACACCACACACUAAAAAGACUGAAAGAUAUAGUUCCUUUUGUUUUUAUGUACAUAAAAAAUGCGAAAAAUAAACAGAAAUUAAUAAGAAAAUUGUAAACUUAAAGAGAUCCAAAUAAAAGGGUAAACGUAAAAACAAAUGAUGGAAUUAUACAUUAAUCAAGUAAAUUAAAAUAAAACAACAAAACAGCAGAAAAGCAUUAUGCGACAUUGUGUAACAUGUAUAUUUAGUAGUCGAAUUAACUAAAUUUGUUGUAACAAAGAGUGGAAAUAUGAGCGCUUUCGCGACAACGCCAAAUAGCAACUACUUAUAUAGCGAUAUAUAUAUUAAGGAUGGUUUGGCUAUGGGUCGCGACCGCUCCCUGCUGCUUUAAUGUAUAUACACGCGUACAUCUAUUUGAAUAAACGGUACCAUUUAAACAAA